AUGUUACUAUCUUUACUCUCUUUAAUCAGUGGAGUUGAAGUACGUCGUCUAACCGAAAAUGAAUGGAUUUUAAACUUCUCUUUGCUAGAUUUCUACGGAUUAUUAUACGGUGUUUUGGAAGUUUGUAUUUUCUCAAUUUUUGUCUCUUUCUGGCAAGCUUUUGUAUGGUUGUUUACGGACUAAAGACCGCUUGCUUCAACGACGUGUACCUCUUGGCGAAGCAUGUAUGGCGUAAUAAGAAGAUGGAUAACACUCUAGUCGACCGGAUGAAUGGCGUUCUUGCUCAGUGCACGUCAAAGGAGAGGACUGUUUCCUCUCGCUUCCGUGAACCAACUCUACUAAUUCCCACCCAAGGGUGCCCCAAACCCAUUUUGGCACUUUUACAUACAGUUUUUAGUUAGAUCAGAUUUAGUGUUGUAGUGUAUACAUGAUUUACUAUACACAUCAGGAUGAAACAAGCACAGACAAUCAUUAUUUGUGAAGUUGUGUAACUUAUGUGAGUUAUGUCACAAACAAAU